UUCGAUUCUUACGAGUUCGGUCAUCUAUCUCCACCAUUUCCUCAUACUCCAUCAUACAAUGGAUCCUAUCAGAAUUCUCCCUACUCUGGUCAUUCAGAACUUAGUUACGAUCCAGAUGGUCCAGAGGCAUUUGGUCUUUUUCAAGAUGAUAGAAAUAAUCUCGCUUCUCGCGACGAAUAUGACCCCUCCGAGUAUGAUCCACCCAACUCUUCCGGUUUGCUUAUGUUUCAAGGCGAAUACAUGUCUGACCUUGAUAACAAUCCCCCCAAUAUAUCACUUUCCGUGACUCAUGCUCCAUUCGAUAACCGCUCUCCAAACUCCUUCGAUCAUAGUUCUCCUUCUAGCAAUGGAGGAGGGGAUGAACCGCGCAGUCGUGCUUCUUCUGUAUCAUCGAACCCUCAAAUUCCCACGUCCUCUCCGCGUCUCGAUAUGGCUCAUUCAUUCGAAAAUCUUCAUUUUGAGUCACCCCACUGGCAGCCCCGAAAACUUCCCGGUGAUCGCUCCAUGUCUCCCCCAAGAAAGCCUCAGUCUCCACCUCAACUCUUGAUUCCUGAUAGCAGUCCAGCUUCUCGUUCAUUG